CGACCCACCGCAACGAAAAAAUGUUUUAACUGGUAAAGUUAUCAGAAUUCCUAUCAAAUGCAGUGGUAUUACCUGGUUUCCUUCCCAGUGUGUGGCUAUGAAACUGAAAGGGAAAGUAAAUUGCUUAUUAGUCAAUGAAACACUCCCAACUCUAUCAACAAUAACAACCACAGAAACUACUGUAAAGAGUACCACCACAGUUUUAUCAUCAAUUACCAAGCCAAAGAAAGGGUCCACUUCCGCUGACCUUACUGCCAUGAUCGCGGGCUCAGUAGCUGGUGGAGCUGCCUUUGUUAUCCUAAUCGUCGUGAUCAUCGUCGUUGUUGUAUGCAUUCUUAGAAGGAAAGCUAAGACAGCAAAAAAUAGUCAGCGAGGACAAGAAAAUCUUGCGUAUGAAACAUCCAUGACGAUGUCAAAACCAAAUGUCACGCGUCCGCUACCAGAACCACCGGGAUGGCCUUACUCUUCAAUGCAGCGAGGUCCUUCAUCGAUCAUWCAUACACCUAAUGGCACAAUGGCAGCAAAACUUGCUCCAAGUACCACCAAUAGUCUUUCUCCAAACGAAGAACCGCUGUACGGAACCAUCGACGAUUCACCUUAUAACGAAAGCACCUACAGUAGACUUGACCACAGUAAACAAACAAUUCCCCUGGACAUGCCAAACAAGAACAACCAUCUUUUACCACCAAAUACGCACUUCAUGAACGGCGCGCCUCACAGCAAAUCAUCAACACUUAAGAGCGACGGAUCCGGUUAUUCUGGUUUUAUGCCGUACGAUCUCGUUGGCGGUAAAAUUGAUGCAACGCUUCCAAGACGACAGUCGACAUUUAUGCAGACUCCUGAAGAUGGAAGGAUUAGUCCAGCGUCCAGAGGAUACGAUGUACCAGAAGGUGUGAUCAGAGAUACGUCAUCUCCACAGAUGCCAAGAAGUGGUGUCGGCUUUGCGGGUCCAAAUAAGUUACGGUCGUUAGAUCGAAGGUCACGUGAACGUUAUCCAAUGGAGAAUUACGAAACCGUGUGGGAUGACAAUACUGACGAUGAAUUUGUAACAAAGAUUGACCUAACUUAACUUAAAGUUGUUGGCUUUGAUUCAAAUUAAGCACUUAUGAUAAACUAUAUACAAAUGACAAUUCGGUUCAUUAGCAUAUCACUAGCAUAAGAAUAUAUUCUUCGCCUUUGCAGGCUACGUCACAGCGGCCAUCUUGGAGGAACUUUAACAAAGGAUUUCUCAUUAGUAUCUAUUGUUCAUUCCCUCAACAUGGCCGCCGGUCUUAUAUCUUUUGAAUCUCAUUGGAAUGGUUGAAAAAGAUCAAUAGAGGAUAUUACAUGGUCGCGCUGAGAUACGGUUUUUAUCUUGGAGUGUUGAAAAGAUCUCUCGCCCAGUGAGCGUUGCGAAAUUCGUAUCUCCAAGCGACCACGUGAUUCUGCUUAUCAUAUAAUUGGAAAAACAGAAUACACUUUUGUUUUAUUUCAAAUUUUUCAUGGUGCAUUGUUUUUACAGCAGUUUUAUAACACUGAAUACUUUGACACUGCAUUGGGUACUGCCGAGAAAGAAAGGGCAUUCUUGCUACUGGAUCCAAACAAAAGAGCUGUUACAAAAUGACAAUACUCUAAAGUAAAAAACAGAACUUGUAUUUGUCAUGUUUAAAGAGUGAAAUCCACUUUUAGAGCGGUGAUGCGACAACCAACAGUGCCAUUAGGUCUUGGAAAACACUAUCUUCAGUAUCCAAUGUUUCUGAAACAGCUGUAUAAGAACAAUAUAGAUUCGUGGCUUUGAAUUCAAGCAGUGAUAGGGRAUUUUAUAUAUGAUCAACUUAAGAACACUUUCCAUUCGUAUUUUGGAGAGAGUAUCAUAUAUAAAAUUUGACUGAUUCGAAAAAUGGUGAUAAUACCGACGGCCCUCUUUAACCGCAAAACCGAUUUUUCCAUGGAAAAGUAUCAGUUUGGAACAAUAUUCCAUUUUCCAGUUCCAAGCACCAUCUUGAAAGAUAGAUAAGCCUUUGCAUCAAAGCGUUGCAGAAUUAGAGCUUGCAAUUAUAGAUACCUGUGAAAAGUAUAUUGAGUGUCAACAAACGUUGCUGUCUCGUUGAUGUAAAAGCUUGUGUACCUUUAAAGAUGUCUUGGGACAUCUAAAAUGUACUGUUAUUUAAAUUGGUCCUUAAUCUUUCUAAACGCAUUUUUUUUUUUCUGUGAAAAUAUUUUCACAGUUAUUUUAAACAAGUUUGUCAGAGGGUAAAAUAAAUGCACCACUGAAACUU